AGGAGGAGGAAGGGAUGGGUGAAGGCAAGGGGGAACAGGCAAGAAUGAUAAAAGAAGGUAGAGUUUUUCUGUCCAGGCUGAGGAUUGGUUUUUCUUUACUUCUCUAGAAUCUUUGCACCCUCUUCUACUGACAUGGAGGGGCUGCUUCAAAGUGUGGAGAGAGACCUGAGCAUUGACUCCCGACAGCUAGCAUUGGCUCCUGGGGGUACCCAUGUGGUAGCCCUGGUGCCCGUGAGGUGGCUGGCAAACCUUCGAGAGAGGAAGCUGCCUCCUGGGCCCUGUCCCCGACCUGAAGGGUUGGGUGAAGCCGAAACCAGGACUCUCCUUCAGCGCUCAGUGCAGAAGCUGCCAGCUGGUUGGACUCGUGUGGAAGUCCAUGGGCUGCGAAAGCAGAAACUGGCCUAUCCACUGGUUCUAGGUUCUAGCCCACCCUCUGAAGAGCACUCUGGGCUCCCUGAGACCUUCACCAGAUUUAUGCGGGAUACUGCUGCCCAAAACUAUCGCAACCUUUGGCAUGGUGCCUACCAUGCCCAUGGACGACCAUACAGUCAUAGCAAUGUUCCACUUGAAGGUUCUGCCCUUGAUGCUGUAAGGCAGGCCUUACAGAAGGUUUUUGGCUGCCCAUUUCUUCAAGUGGGCAAGGGUGCCCAGUGUCUGUCUCCUGCAAGAGAGGCUCCCUCAGCUCCUAGGGCUGGGAUAGUCUGCCCCAACCUCUUGCGGGCUGAGGCCCUCAUAGAAUCACCAGAAAUGCUAUAUGUCAUAUACCCCCAUGUGCAAUACUGUCUUCAUGAUGUGGUCACUUUCAGUCCAGCCAAGCUCAGUAACAGCCAUGCCAAAGUGCUCUUCAUCCUUUUCCAUGUGCUACAGGCUAUGGAUGCCUGUCACCGACAAGGUCUGGCUUGUGGGGCCCUCUCCUUGUGCCAUGUUGCUAUAGAUGAGAAGCUAUGUAGCCAGCUCCAACUGGACUUGAGUGCUUAUGAAGCCCAUGAGGAAGAGGAAACAAAGCCUACGAGAACCAUUCCUGAGACUGAGCCCCAGAGUGCCCUUGAACCCAGGAAGGGAGAAGAGCUCAUGUAUCCUAUUUGCCAGGAAGAACUGAGGAGCCUGGUGCUAGACUGGGUCCAUGGUCGAGUCAGUAACUUUCACUACCUCAUGCAAUUGAACUGGUUGGCAGGGCGCAGAUGGGGAGACCCCAAUUACCAUCCUGUGCUGCCCUGGGUGGUUGAUUUUACCACUGAGAAUGGGCGCUUCCGGGAUCUUCGGAAGUCCAAGUUCCGCCUCAACAAGGGGGACAAGCAGCUGGAUUUCACGUAUGAGAUGACACGGCAGGCAUUUGUGGCAAGUGGUGGUGGAAGUGGUGGAGAACCACCCCAUGUGCCCCACCACAUCUCAGAUGUGCUGUCUGACAUCACCUAUUAUGUGUACACAGCACGGCGCACACCUAGGGCAGUGCUCUGUGGCCAUGUAAGAGCCCAGUGGGAACCCCAUGAAUAUCCGGCCAGUAUGGAACGCAUGCAGAGCUGGACUCCUGAUGAAUGCAUCCCUGAAUUCUAUACUGAUCCCACUAUCUUCCGCUCCAUCCACCCUGAUAUGCCUGACCUGGAUGUACCAGCCUGGUGUAGCUCAGGGGAGGAUUUUGUGGUGGCCCAUCGGGCAUUGCUGGAAAGCCGAGAAGUGUCCCAAGACCUUCAUCACUGGAUUGACCUCACUUUUGGCUACAAGCUGCAAGGCAAGGAGGCAGUGAAGGAGAAGAAUGUGUGCUUGCAUCUCGUGGACAACCACACCCAUCUGACCAGUUAUGGUGUGGUGCAGCUCUUUGACCAACCUCAUCCCCAGCGCCUGGUAGGACCCCCAGCCCUCACCCCUGAGCCACCAGUCAUCCCCAGGCCUCUCAUCCAGAGAGUCCGAGAGACUUCAGGUCGUGAAGAUAUCCCAUGCCAGUUGGCUGAUGGAACCAAUGGCUUGGUCUUGGAGGCUACACCUUGCGAGGCUCCUUGGGGUGGGGACAGACCCCUUGGGGGUGAUGAUGACUUGGAACAAGCAACAGAAGCUUUAGACUCCAUCUCUUUGGCUGGCAAAGCUGCUGACCAGCCUUGCCCCUCUUCCUUGCAGGCCUCAGGCCAUCCUUUCUCAUCAACCUCAACAACACGGCUGGGCCGAAGAAACAAAGCUGGUGGGGUAGAUUCUGGGGAUGGAGAUGAGGGGAAAAUAGUCCUUCCUGAGGGCUUCAAUCCCCUGCAAGCCCUGGAAGAGUUGGAGAAGUUCGGCAACUUUAUGGCAAGAGGCCUUUGUGGUAAAAUGGAAGCACCAGAACAGUGCCCAGCCAAGCCUGCCCUGAAGCUCACAGAUCUCUUCCAGAGGGACAUGCAAGCCCUGGGGGUCCUUGUGGCUGAGAUUGUGUUUGCAGCCAGAGUCCGGAUGCUGCGACCUCAUGCACCAUUAUGGGAACGUUUCCUGACAGUCCGUGGGUUCUGUUCCCGCUACCCCAAGGAGAUCCCCAUACCCUUGCAGCCUGUUUUAGAGACCCUGCUGCAGCUGAGUGAGCCCAUGGGAUCUCCAUUGACCAAGAGGCAGGGGGCAGGUCCACUCUUUUUGUAUAGGCCAAUCUCCUGGGGCUUGCCCCCACCUAGUCCCACUCAGCUCCUCAGCCCUUAUAGCUCAGUUGUAACCUUUCCCUCUUAUUUCCCAUCACUUUAUAAGUUUAUUCUCCUGUAUCAGACAAGAAAAGUGGAGGAUGAAGUUCAGGGGCGAGAGCUGGUGUUUCAGCUGUGGCAGCAGUUAGAUGGAAUCCUGCAGGAGAUCACUCCUGAAGGCCUGGAGAUCCUUCUUCCUUUUGUACUGUCAUUGAUGUCAGAGGAUCAUACAGCAGUGUACACAGCUUGGUACCUGUUUGAGCCCAUUGCCAGGGCCCUGGGCCCCAAGAAUGCCAACAAGUACUUAUUGAAGCCCCUAAUUGGGGCCUAUGAAAACCCUUGCCACCUGCAUGGCCGUUUCUAUCUGUAUACAGACUGCUUUGUGGCCCAACUGAUGGUUCGCCUUGGGCUGCAGCCCUUCCUUUCCCACUUGCUACCCCAUGUCCUUCAGGUUCUGGCUGGUGUGGAGACUUCUCAGGAGAAGACCAAGUGUCUGGGAGGGACAACAGAGGAUGAGGAGAUCGGGGAGGGCGAUGAGGGCCAAGGUCCCUGUGCUUUUGGUGAGGCCAUCCAAAUGGAAGGUGACCCUGGUUCAUCGGGACUGGAACUCCUGGACUAUACUUCGGGUGUCAGCUUCCAUGACCAGACUGACUUACCUGAAAGCGAGGACUUCCAGGCAGGACUGUAUGUGUCAGGGUCUCCCCAGCCUCAAGAGCCUGAGGCUCUAAGCCUGGGGCGGCUGAGUGACAAAAGUAGCACCAGCGAUGCUUCCUUGGGUGAAGAUCGCCCUGGGGAUGAAAUAGGACUCACCCGUGACAAGAGCAGCCAGGAUCUGAAGCAGAGUGAGGGUUCAGAGGAAGAGGAGGAGGAGGAAGAUGAGGAAAUUGUUGGACAAGGUGGGGAUGUUGGAGAGGAGGAGGAGGAGGAAGAAGAAGAUGAACAGGACAGUACCCCAGCAGUAUCUGAGCUCACCCUUUCAGACCCAGGUGUCUCCACGGAUACAGUUCUGCCCAAUGAUAGUGGAAAUGGAGAGGAAGAGGAAGACCUCAGUGAUCAAUCUGAGGUCAAAGAACAAAAAAUUCUCCUGGAUACUGCCUGCAAGACGGUCCGAUGGCUCUCUGCCAAGCUUGGCCCCACUGUCACAUCCCGAUAUGUGGCCCGGAAUCUUCUCCGCUUGUUGACGUCCUGCUAUGUUGGGGCCACGAGACAGCAGUUCAUGGGCAGCAGCAGCGACACCAGCCCCCUCAGCUCAGGCAACAUCUAUCAGAAGCGGCCAGUGUUGGGAGAUGUAGCGUCAGUCCCGGUGCUGGGCUGCCUCAUGCACAUAGCCUGCCUUUAUGGGGAGCCUGUCCUUACCUACCAGUAUCUGCCCUACAUCAGCUACCUGGUGGCUCCUGGAGGUGGGGGAGGGCCCAGCCGACUGAACAGCCGGAAGGAGGCAGGGCUGCUGGCAGCUGUAACCCUCACCCAAAAGAUCAUUGUGUACCUCUCUGAUACCACACUCAUGGACAUCCUGCCCCGGAUCAGCCACGAGGUCCUUCUGCCUGUGCUCAGUUCCCUGACCUCCCUUGUCACAGGGUUCCCCGGGGGUGCCCAGGCCCGAACUGUUCUAUGUGUGAAGACCAUCAGCCUGAUUGCCCUGAUCUGCCUGCGCAUUGGGCAGGAGAUGGUCCAGCAACACUUGAGUGAGACAGUGGCCACCUUCUUCCAGGUGUUCUCCUUGGUGCAUGAGCUACAGUGCCAGGCCCUGAGGCCAGAUACUCCAAGCCCAAAUGAGGGCCAUGUGCUCGAGGUACCCUUUUCAGAUGGGCAGCAGCGGGCUGUUGACCCGGCUUUGAUGGACGAGCUGCAGAAGGUGUUCACUCUAGAGAUGGCCUACAUGACCUAUGUGCCCUUCUCCUGCCUGCUGGGUGAUGUCAUCCAGAAGAUCGUCCCCAACCAUGGGCUAGUGGGGCAGCUGGCAGGGCAGUAUUUGGAGAGUGCCAGCCCAGUGGGCCAGGACCCUAUGAACUUGGCACCCAUGCCCAGUGCCUCCCCAGAGCAGGACCCUCAAGGCAGGGGAGUAAACCAUGAUGAUGGCAACUCGGGCACUUUUGGGAGUGUCCUGGUUGGGAACCGGAUCCAGAUCCCUGUAGACACACAGCCUGAGAGUCCCAGUCCCCUUGGCCCCAGCUCAGGGGUCUGUGGCAGUGUCGGGGGCCUCUGUGAGAUGGGUGGGGAGGAGAAUUCCCUGAAGCGGGAUCUGCCUCGAUGUGCCCAUGGAUUGAGCGGAAACUGGUUGGCCUACUGGCAGUAUGAGAUUGGCGUCAGCCAACAUGACGCCCACUUCCACUUCCAUCAAAUCAGGCUGCAGAGCUUUCUGGGCCACUCGGGGGCUGUGAAGUGUGUGGCCCCCCUGGGCAAUGAGGACUUCUUCUUAAGUGGCAGCAAAGACAGGACAGUCCGGCUUUGGCCACUCUACAACUGUGGUGAUGGCACCAGUGAGACAGCACCACGCCUCAUCUACAGCCAGCAUCGCAAGAGCAUCUUCUACGUCAGCCAGUUGGAGGCGUCCCAGCAGGUAGUAAGCUGCGAUGGCACCGUCCAUGUCUGGGACCCAUUCACAGGAAAGACUGUGCGGACAGUGGAGGCCUGGGAUAGUCGGGUACCCUUGACAGCUGUUGCUGUCAUGUCUGCCCCCCAUACCAGCAUCACCCUGGCCAGUGCAGAUUCCACCCUACGUUUUGUGGAUUGUCGAAAACCUGGACUGCAGCAUGAAUUCCGUCUGGGGGGUGGCUUGAACGCUGGCCUUGUCCGGUCCUUGGCCGUUAGCCCCAGUGGCCGAAGUGUCGUAGCUGGCUUCUCCUCAGGCUUCAUGGUGCUCCUGGACACCAGGACUGGGCUCAUCCUUCGAGGGUGGCCAGCUCACGAGGGUGACAUCUUGCAGAUCAAGGCUGUAGAAGGGAGCAUCUUGAUCAGCUCGUCCUCUGACCACUCACUGACCAUCUGGAAGGAGCUGGACCAGAAGCCCACCCAUCACUACAAGUCCCCAUCAGACCCCAUUCACACCUUCGACCUCUACGGCAGCGAGGUGGUGACAGGCACUGUGGCCAACAAGAUUGGGGUCUGCUCCAUGAUGGAGCCACCGUCCCAGGCCACCACCAAGCUCAGCUCUGAGAACUUCCGGGGGACACUCACUAGCUUGGCCGUGUUACCCACUAAGCGUCACCUUUUAUUGGGUUCAGACAAUGGGGCCAUCCGACUCCUGGCAUAGACCAGGGAUGUGGCAGACCCAGGCUGAGAGAUGAGCUCAGGAUUGGGCAAAUGUAGGCCUAGAUUUCUUUCUCCCAUUUUGGUGACUUGCCCUAUCCAUGUUUUAACAGUCACCCAGCAGGCAUGGUGUUUGGGUUUCCAGGGCACAUCCCAGUUGGACAAAAGGCCCCAUACCAUCUGUGCCUGACACCAAGGAGCGGAAGCCCAGGUCCUAAAGGUCCAAGACUUUGGGAUAUCCUUAAUGCAUCCCUGCUAAACCUCCUGAGGCUCCCCUGGGCUUCUUGGCAUGUGGAUGGUCAUAUCCUGGACUUAUGCCCUCUGAGAAUAGAGGAGACGUGAGCCCUAGGGAGGCCUUGGCUUGUGCCUUGGGUUGGUCAGCUGGGGAUGUCACCUUCCUGGACCGACCUCCCCCAUGGAGGUGGUGGUUGGAGGUAACAGAGGCUGCUCCUUAGCUGUGAUCUACCUGGAUGAGACUGGCUGUUUAAGCAACUCCCUGUCCUUACUAACCCCCUAAAGAGCGUGGUGGGGCAGAGAGAGAAUGCCCUUGGAUCCAGAAGGAGAGGGCGGUGAUGGCUGUAGCAGGCCACGACUGUGACUUCUCGCCUUAUUUCCUCACCGUGAGAGGACCCUGCCAGCGUGUGUACCGAAGGAGGAAAGGCAGAGGCACGAGUGGAAGGUGGCAGUGUCUUCCCUCACACAGAGGGCUAGUAAUGCUGGUGCUGAUCACUGACCCCUCCUGGGGUGUCAGCCUACAGAGUCCUAUCUGGGGCAGGCUCAGGGUGCCACGGUCACUUCUGGGGACAGAAGUUUUGUCCCAGGGGCUUCUCUCCCUGCCCUAUCUGAUAUGGGACCAAUAGGAGGGAAGAAAGGAAAUGAGGUACCGGGAGAGUGGAGACAGGCUUGGCUUGCCAGAUAGCCAGUGGAUCCUGUGCUCUCUUGAGCCUCCCAUCCCACCCCCAGUCCCAAAGGGGAUAGAAGGGUAACCCCUCCCCUCCCAUCUCACUCUAGCAUUUUGUGCCUUGAGCUGGGGCGCCAGCUUCUGGACCCUCACUCCAGAGGGCCAUUGGCUGUCAGACUGGGGGAGAAGGUUCCCUUAAGCCCCAGGAAUCCCAUGGCAGGGGAGCAGGGACAAUGCUGGUCCCAGCCUCCCAUUCACUGUUUGCAAUAGAUGUAAAUACAAUAAUAAACACUUUGGAAGAGCCGA